AUGGACGUGCCUUUUAUCUAUAAUAAUGGAUUCUACCGUGGUACCGGAGUGCACAUAAAUGGAAUGUGUCAAUGGUGGGGUAUAAGAUAUUCAUAUUUGGAAGAAUGUUUGAUAUCAUUUGACUUGAUCAACGAGGUGUUGGUUACAACACCUGCGUCGUUAGAUAUGUAUGAAGGUUGUGAACUUGGACGGAUGGUGAGACACUUGGUGGUGUUAAAUGAGUCAAUUUCUUUGAUAUCAAAUUGUCCCGAUACCACUACCUUUCACAUUUCAAUUUUGAGUGAGCUUGGCAUGGAGAAAUCAUGGAUUAAACUCUUCAUUGUUGGGCCCAUACCUUUCAUUGAGUGUCCCACUGGAGUUGAGAAGAAGGGCAUGAUUUGCUUCAAAAAAUAUGAUGAUGAUCUAGUCUGGAUUGAUUUAAGCACCCAUAUAAUUGAUGAAAUUGAUGUUAAUGGAGCGAGAUUGGGUUGUAAGACAUUAUUUUACAAGGAAACCUUUUUUUCGAUUGGAGGAAUUAAUAAUUAG